UCAGUCGCGCUGGCCCUGUGCCUUCCCUCUGACAAUCUUCCUCUGCUUUGCCCCAGGCAAAGACCUGCGUCAUGCAAAAUGUUUAUUGUUUUGUAUAAGCAUGAAAGAUGAGGUAAAAUGUGACUUCUGUCAAUUAAUUUUAGUCGUAUGUUGUGCAAGAUCAUCCACGAAAUGUUCAAUAGGCCUAGUAGUAAAUCUUGUUUCAUUUUGGGCAGGACAGUUAGGACGACAAGCCAGCACAUAAAUCUCUCCCUCUCCUUUCGGACAGCUCAGUCUAAAUGGUUUCUAUAGUGAUCAGUGCUGCCCCCCAAUGUUCGUGCAGACAAAAAGCUGAACAUUGCAUGUCGCGCCUAUCAAACGCACACACUCGCGCUCAUAUUCACAUUCACUUGCACACUCAACCACUCACACAGCAGGCAAACACAAGCGGUGAGAGACAAACUCGGACUACAACCUUCGCACUGGAUAGACUACUUCAGAUACCCAGGCAAAAGGCAAGCUCCCUCAGGCACCAUGACAGCCUUCGUCCUGUCUGUCCUCUUCCUGUUACCCCUCGCCAUGGCGGACAUAACUCCUGGCUGCAAGAUCCGUUUCACAUCCAGGGGCCUUGAGAUGUUGAAAUAUGAAACUCAGAGGUUUGUGGAGGAAGAACUCAGCAACAUCACCAUGCCAGAGAUGAAAGGAAAAGAUGGGCGAUUUCAGUACACUAUUAACAAUGUGAAGAUCACCCAAAUGAAUCUGACACAUGUUGACCUGCGCUUCCAGCCAGACCUGGGCCUUUUCUUUGAAGUGGAGAACUCCUCCAUCACCCUAAACUUUCAUAGACGGAUUCUCUACUGGUUCUUUUAUGAUGUGGGCACUAUUAACGCCUCUGCAGAGGGUGUUAAUAUCCACACAGCUCUGAACCUGAUCAGAGAUGAAGUGGGACGCCUCAAGAUCUCAAAUAUAACCUGUGAUGCCUACAUUACCAAGAUGAAGGCCAAAUUCAGUGGCACUCUUGGGAGAGUGUAUGACUUUGUUGCGACAUUCUUGACCACUGGAAUGCGCUUCCUCCUAAAUCAACAGAUAUGUCCUUCCCUGGAUCAUGCAGGUCUGGUUUCGAUUAAUGCUUUACUGGAGACUAUUCCAGUGCGCUCAGAGGUGGACAGUUACAUUGGUAUUGAUUAUUCCCUGCUGAAGGAUCCGGUGGUGACAGACAGCAGUCUAGACAUGGAUUUCAGGGGUAUGUUCUAUGAACUUCAGAACGAGAAUGACACCUUGCCGAACGAUGGCGCAACUCCAAUUAUGACAGAGUAUGAUAAGAUGGUUUACCUGGCGUUGUCAGAAUACUUCUUUGACAGCGGUUUGGAUGCUUACUUUAAAGCCGGAAUGUUUAAAACAGAGAUUUCAAAUGGGCGGAUGUCAAAGGAUUUGGAGAUGCUUCUGAGAACAACCUACUUUGGGACCCUCAUGAUGCUUAACCCUGCCCUAAUGGAGGCCCCGCUGGCUCUGGAGCUGGAGGUCACUGCUUCCCCCCGUUGUACCAUCAAAUCCACUGGAGCCAGCGUGGUGGUCAAUGCCAUCGUCAACGUCCUGGUGCUGCCCCCGGGCCAGCCUCCUGUCCAGCUAAGCAGCAUGACCAUGGAGAACAAAUUUAAUGCCAAGGUGUCGAUGAAAGGGAAGAGACUCACCGUAAAUAUGGACUUGAGAAGGUUUAAAAUCUUCUCAAACAAAUCUGCUCUGGAAUCACUGGCGCUGAUCCCCCUGCAAGGGCCACUGAAAACCAUGCUUCAGAUCUCUGUGGUGCCUCUUAUUAACAAUUAUACCAAGAGAGGUGUGCAGAUCCCAUUGGCAGAUGGAAUGGACUUCAUUGAAGAAGUGGUGAACUAUUACAAUGGUUACAUUGUAAUAGGAGCGAACCUGCACUUUACCAAGGGUCUACGAGAAAUCAUUGAGAGCAAAGUGGCAGAGCGCGACAACUCAGUCUAGAUGUCCAUUCCUGGUGACUGUGGAGUAGGUGCUAAACCCUAGAGAGACAUAUGUUCUCUUCCUAGAGUUCAACCGUCCAAUUUGUGUAGACUUGCAACCUUAGUGUUACACACAUUCUCCUGAAGGGGUUGGACAAGGUAAAGGGGACAGUACCCAGCUAGUGGGUAGAUCUGUGGAGAUCCAUCUCACUCCAGCUUUCUCAGCCCUCUAAUGUUUACUGUUGUGUUCAUGUGUACAAUAUUAGAAACUUAUGCUAUUUAAGUUAAAAGCAUAGAGCACUGUGUGGAUCCUCCUCAGAUCCCCUGCAUGUUAGGGUAUAAGUAAACCAUACGCCAGCAUCUGAUGCCAGGAUGCUGGUUUGCAUUGGCAAGUAUUCCAAGUACAAUUAAAUGGAGUUAUUCAGAUAACUGCACCAAGUAAAACAUUUAAGGAUGCAAUAUUUGUUCCAGUGGUAAAAGGUUUCCGGGUUGGUCCAGAAAAAAAUACUGGCUCACCCUAAAAUGGGAUACCUCACUUUGUACACCAAACACACUACAGUAAUAGAGACUGAGUGGGAAAAAAACCCUUCACAUUACAUUGUAAGCUAAACCAGUAUUUAGAACCUGUCAAAAUUGUAUGCAGUACAUUUGUACGAUUCCUUAUGUAGACAAUGUGGUAAAUGUUUAGAUGAUUAUUCAGUUAUAAAUCAAUUGAGUUAUGUGCUACUGAGUGAGUAUUAUUACAGUUGUAUUAGACAGCAUUUUUCUUGUGGGUGUUUGAUAUUGCAAGUCAUGUACUGAUGUUAUGAUUAAAAGGCUAAUGAACACA